CAAUCAUUAGACUUAUCGAAAGGUUUAUGGGGUCUUGAUCAGUGAGUUGCCCCAUACCCCGGAUGUACAUUUCCCAUCGUGCACCAGCCAAGAUGGCCGCCAAGUUCCGGCGACUGCUCCCCCUAGUGGCCCUCCCAGGCAGUGCAUCUCUGGGAGCGGUUUACGCGGCAGAGGCUGUGAAGAAGGAGGAGACGGACUGUGGAUGUGGCAAGAAGAAGAAAACAGUCGGCAUCUCAGAGCUGCCCAUCUAUGACCAGCCCACCGACCUUGAACAGUACACCUACAUCGAGGAGGAUGUCGGCUUCCUGAGGCAGCACGUGUCAAAGGUCAGACAGGCCGUGUGGACGGGGUUGGACAAGAUGGAGGGUACAAGAGUGUAUGUUGUUGACAAAUACAGAAUUGCAGAGAAGAAAACCACAGAUGGACUGGAGUAUGUCCAAAGUGAAGAAGGGUUCUUCCCACGGCUCGGUGUGAUCACACUCUCAGGUCUGACAGGACUAGUACUGGGGGCCAGAGGAGGUUUGAUAAAGAAGGCUGUCUACUCCACCACCCUUGCCGGAGCGGCAGCCUUCCUGUGUUACCCUAACCUGUACACUUCUGUUACUAACUACUCUGUUUCCUGUUACUAACUACUCUGUUCCUACUCUACAGGAGGUUUGAUAAAGAAGGCUGUCUACUCCACCACCCUUGCCGGAGCGGCAGCCUCCCUGUGUUACCCUAACCAGGCUGUGGCCAUCUCCCAGAGUGGUUACCUCAGAGUUAAGGACUUCACACUGGACCAGUACAACAGCAUACGGCAGGGGGGCAAACCUAGGAGUAAGGUGAGGCUGUCAAUCUGUCAUU